AAAAUGCUUAAGUUUUUUUCUCGAACCCUAAACUUUUCUCACCCGAACCUCUCUUCUACUCUCACGCUCGCGUCGGCGCUUCUCGUCGGGCGAAACCGCAGCAGCAAGCAAGGGGCGUUCCGGCGGCCGGCGAGGGCGUUCUCCAAAGAUUUCUUCACCGUCGUGAGCCUUGCGUCGAGGAGAAGCCGGGAGCACGAAGAGGGGGCCAAAAUCGUCGAGAUUUGGAGCUCACCCGAAACCCUAGAGCCUUCCUCUUCGGCUGUAAGUCCAAGAAAUCGCAUGGCAAGCGACAGAUUCAACAUCAAUUCUCAGCUAGAGCAUCUUCAAGCUAAAUAUGUUGGAACAGGGCAUGCGGACUUAAAUAGAUUUGAAUGGGGUGUGAAUAUCCAACGCGACAGUUAUGCAUCAUACAUUGGCCACUACCCUAUCUUGGCCUAUUUUUCUGUUGCUGAAAAUGAAUCCAUUGGAAGACAACGCUACAAUUUUAUGCAAAAAAUGCUGUUGCCUUGUGGUCUUCCUCCAGAGAGAGAAGAAGAUUGAAGUCCUGUGUUACUUGUGGCUGCUUCCUUGUAUUUUUAUUUAUACUGCUGUGUAGAACUCUGUAUGCGUGUUGAACUGAGAUCAUCUGUAAUGGAUUUGAAGUUUGCUGGCUACAGAUGGUAAACACUUGUUUAACUA